AUGGCUUCACUGCAAGAACCAUGGCUUUUGGAGAAUGGCAACCUUAAGGGCACGAGCAAGGAGAUGAGACAUGGCAGGACUGCACACAACAUGUCAUCCUCAUCUUUGCGCAAAAAAUCAGACCUCACUCUUGUAUCAAAAGUUCGAUGUGGAAUGCUUAGACACUUGUUAACUAACCUACAAGAGGUCAUUUUGGGGACUAAACUUUCUGUUCUUUUUCCUGCCAUUCCACUAGCCAUUGCUGCUCAAUGCUAUGGUUUUGGAAGACCCUGGGUUUUUGCUUUGAGCUUACUUGGACUGACGCCACUUGCCGAACGUGUUAGCUUUUUGACAGAGCAAAUUGCUUAUUUCACCGGUCCAACAGUGGGAGGACUACUAAAUGCAACAUGCGGUAAUGCUACAGAGUUGAUAAUAGCUAUUUUUGCACUCUGGCAACACAAAAUAGAAUUGGUGAAAUAUUCACUCUUGGGUUCUAUACUAUCGAACCUACUUUUGGUUCUUGGCACCUCUCUCUUUUGUGGUGGCAUUGCCAACCUUGGACAGGAACAAAAAUAUGAUCGGAGACAAGCUGACGUGAACGCGCUGCUUCUGCUUUUGGCAUUGCUGUGCCAUAUGCUGCCACUUUUGUUUCGGAUUUCUGGAGGCUCCGCCGCCCUCACGGCCGUCCCAACGCUGCAGUUGUCGAGAGCAAGCAGCAUUGUAAUGCUGAUUGCAUACAUUGCAUACAUUAUUUUUCAAUUAGUGACACACCGGCAACUAUUUGAAGCACAAGAGGAAUCCGAGGAAGAUGAUGCUGAUGUUUCAGAAGAAACACCAGUGAUGGGAAUCUGGAGUGGAAUAGUUUGGUUGGUUGGAAUGACUGCUGUCAUAGCCUUGUUGUCAGAAUAUGUUGUGGGCACAAUCGAGGAUGCUUCAGAAUCUUGGGGCCUUUCUGUCAGCUUCAUUAGCAUUAUCUUGCUGCCAAUUGUUGGAAAUGCAGCUGAACAUGCUGGAGCAGUCAUUUUUGCUUUUAAAAACAAAUUGGAUAUAUCUUUGGGUGUUGCACUAGGUUCAGCAACUCAAAUUGCUAUGUUUGUGGUUCCACUUUGUGUAACUGUUGCUUGGAUAUUGGGCAUUAAGAUGGAUCUUAAUUUCAAUCUCAUUGAGACUGGUGCUCUUGCUAUAUCCAUAAUCACCACAGCCUUCACCUUACAGACCAAGGAAAUGCCAUCAACUUGGGUUACAUUAAUUCCGCGGCCGGAGUCACCGCAGCUUAAUAGGAUUAUAAGUCAGUAUAACUUGAUUGAGGGCAUGUUGUGCAAUAUGAACGCAGGGCUUGGCCUUUCAUGGUUGCUCCCAGAAUGA